AUAUCGAUACUAAAUGUGCAACUAAAAUUAGCAGUAGUGAAAGGAAGUAUAACGCAUGUGUGGUGUGGUCGACGUGUUCGGGAAUAAUGAAGUUCAGACCAUCGGAAAUUUUCUUUUCACAGGAUUCUAUUGCAAAUUAUUGGGGUAAACACACACCUUUCAAUGAUAAAUUGAUAGGGGAAACGUUAGAUGAAUUGUUAACUGAAUCUAUUUCACUGAAGGACAUUCCAAUUAUUACCGCUGUAAAAAUAAAUGGAAAGUUUUACACAAGUGACAAUCGGAGACUGUGGGUCUUUCGAAAAGCAGAAGAAUUGGGAUUUUUAGAUGGCAUUGAAAUUAAUCAAAUUACACAGCCAGAUUUCAAUUGGAAAAAAUUUACAACGAAAAAUGACGGCAUUUCGAUAAGGAUUCGAAGAGACCCCGGAGGUAAAACAUGGAGAUCAUGGAAACCAAACACGUUUCAGGGAGUGAACGAAAAUACAGUAAGUGAAUUUGCAUUAAAUGCUCUUGAAAAUAAUGCGAAUAUUUUUCAAGAUUCAUUAUCUAACAGAACAGUUGCUGAUAUUUACCGUCAAAGUAAAUACAAAUCAUCCUAUAGUAAUAACUAUUCUUCGAAGCCCAGUUUUCGCUGUGAUAAUGAUUUUUUGAAAACCUGUGAAUCCCCAGUAUACGACAAUAACAAUCAUUUAUCAAGUACAUCAAAAUCUAAUAAAGAGCCAACACUAUGUAGCAAUUUUGUUUUAGAGUCAACCUUAAGCAAAACUUCGUUACGUGUACAAGAACCGCAUGCUAAUACCAUGAAGACAGAAGAUAUGUCUGAUACUUUCCGUUUCAAAACUGGUACUCUGUCCGAAAGUUCAAGUAUGUACAAAUCACGAUAUAGAGACUACAAUUCUUCAAGGCCAAGUUAUGGCUCUGAAAAUAUCUUUUCUAACCACCCAUUUGACUCUCAUGUACCAAAUCGAAACAUUGAACUUUCACGAAUGGGGCCAAUAUCAGAAGAAGAGACAACGACAUGCAGUGAAUCUUCUUUUGAGUCAGCCUUAAACAAAACCUCGUUACUUGUCCAAGGACCUCAUGCUUUUAAAAAAAGGAUAGAGAUUAAUCAAGAUGCUUUCUGUAACAGAACAGUUUCUGAUGUUUACCUACCAAAUAUAUUAAAAUCACCACAUGUAAAGAACCAUUCUUCCAGACCUUCUUUUGCCACUGAUAAAACUUUUAAGAAACAUUUGGAAUCUCAAGUACUCAAAACAGGAAUUCAGCUUUCAACUAUAAAAUCACAAUCCAAAGAAGAGUCAACGAUACACAAUAAAUCUUCUUUUGAGUCAACCUUAAGCAAACCGUUGUUACCUGUCCACCGACCUCAUCCUGAUACAAGAAGAACAGAGGUUAUUAACGAUUCUUCUUGUAACAAAACAUUUACUGAGGAUGAACGUCAAAGUAAAGACAAAUCAUCAUAUAGAAAGUUUGUUUUUGGAAGACCUGAUUUUAUCUGUGAUAAUGCUUUUACGAGCAACUUGGAAUCUGAAGUGCCCGAUCAAGAAAUGAAACGUUCAAGUAUAAAAACAAAAUCAAAGGAAGAGGCAACGGCAUGCAAUGAUUCUUCCCAUGAGAUAACCGUAAGCAAAUAUUCGUUAAGUGUUCAAAGACCUCAUGAUUAUAAAAGUAGGAAUGGGGUUAUUUACGGUUCUCACUAUGAUAGACCAGUUACUGAGGGUGAAUGUCAAAGUAUGUUACCUGAAAAGAACCAUCCUUUAAGUCAUACUUUUGUCACUAAUAAUGAUUUUACGACCAACUUAAAAUCUCAAGUACCCGAUGAAGGAUUUCAGUUUUCAAAAACAAAAUCAAAAUUUGAAGAAGAGACAACGAUAUGCAAUAAACCUUUUUCAGAGUCAACCUUAAGCAAAACGUCGUUACUUUUCCAACGACCUCAUAAUAAUGCAAGUAGGACAGAGUUUAUUACAGAUUCUUCUCGUAACAAAACAUUUACUGAGGAUGACCGUCUAAGUAAAACCAAAUCACCAUAUAGAAAGUUUCUUUCGGCAAGACCUAAUGUCGUCAGUGAUAAUACUCUUGCGAACAACUUGGAAUCUCAAGAACCCCAUCAAGAGAUUGAAUUUUCAAGAAUAGAAAGAAAACCAAAAGGAGAAGCAACGCCACGCAGUGCAUCUUCUUUUGGGUUAAACUUAGGCAAAACGUCGUUAGCUGUUCAAAGACCUCAUGUUUAUACAAGUAAUACAGGGAAUAUUAAAGAUUCUACCUAUAACCAAAUAAAUACUGAGGCUGAACGCCAAAGUAAAGACAAAUCAUCAUACAGAAAGUCUUUUUCUGCAAGACCUAAUUUUCUUCUGUAGUCAUACUUUUACGAGCCACUUGGAAUCACAAGUACCCAAUCAACAAAUAGACAUUUCAAGUGUAAAAACAAAAUCCAACGAAGAGGCAACGAUGUGCAAUGAUUCUUUUAAUGGGUUAACCUUAAGAAAAACUUCGUUAUGUGUCAAAGGACAUCAAGUUUAUGAAAGUAAAACAGGGGUUUUUCAAGACUCAUACUGUAACAGACCAUUUACUGAAGCUGAACGUCCAAGAAUAUUAAAAUCACUACGUGGAAAGAACAAUUAUUCAGAGCUUAGUUGUGUCACUGAUAGUGUUUGACCAACAAAACAUUUGCUGAAGCUGAACGUCAAAGUAAAGACAAAUCAUCAUAUAUCAUGUAUUGUUCUGCAAACCCAAAAUUAAAAGAAGUGAUAACGACAAGCAGAAAAUCUUCUUUUGAGUCAUCAUUAAGCAACACUUCGUUACGAGAACCGCAUGCUUAUACAAGUAGGAUAGGGUUAUUCAAGAUCCUUACUGUAACAGUCCAUGGCCAGUUACUGAGGCUGAACACCCGAACAUCUUUAAAAUCGCCAUAUGAUAAAUCUAGUGUUGUCAAUGAUGAUGCUAUUAUGAAGAACUUUAAAUCACAAUUACCCGAUUAAGGAUUUCAGCUUCCAAGAAUAAAAUCGAAAUUUGAAGAGGCAACGAUAUGCAGUGCAUCUCCGUUUGAGUCAAAAUUAUGCAAAACUUUCGUGACCAAAGACCUCCAGAUAACAAAAGUAGAACAAAGGCUAUUCAGGAUUCUAUUUAAAACAAAACAGAUAAUGUGACUUACCGUGCAAAUAUAUACAAAUCAUUAUGUAGUAAUAACAACUGUCCAAAGCCUAGCAUACCAAGCAAACAAAAUUCAUACAAAUGAUUUGACCAAAAUCAAAAAGAACAAAAUAACAAUAGCCGACAGCACUGUAAGGAAAGACACUAAACAUUCGAACAAGAUGCAUGAAUAAUUUUAAGAAUCGCGAAGGUCGACGCGUAGGUCAAACCAGAAAACAUUUGACGUUGGGAGCUCAUUGACACAAGUGGGAGGUUAAAAGUUUUUUGUUUUAAUUCUUUUUAUAAAUCAAAUAACAAACCAA